AUGGGAAAUGAUAUGAAGGCACACAUACUAGAGGCCGCUCAAAUGCUGGAUGCUGAUAGCAACGAUCGUGUAAAUACGACUACCACCUCUACAUAUCGUACGAAUAACACAAAUGUUUUACCGAUAGGUUCGGGAAGUCAUGAGAGGCUCUCUGACCAGAGUAUGGAGAAGGACCAAUUUAGCAACGAAAUUCAUCCUACAAGAUAUAACCAAUCGACUCCUAAACAUGAACAAAAUAGUAAUCCGAAUGUCCAAGGGUUAGAUGGGAAUACGGUAAGGGGCACGGGAGUAGAUAAACCAGUAUCUAAUAUGGAGACAAUUAAGAAUAAAAUUAAUAAUUUACAGAAAGAAUUGAACGCAAGAGAUGACAUAAUUAGAAAGAUUAAUGAUGAAAAUUCGAAACUAACAGAAUCAUUUGAUCAGUUGCAAAAUACCCUGGAGUCAAAAGAAGACGAAAUUGUAGAACUGAGACGAAAAUUAAUGAAUAAGGAGAAAGAGUCACAGGAGUCUAUUCAAAAUAAUUUGAUUUUCCAAGAUAACAUGAACAAAUUAGAGCAAGAUAAAAUUAGUUUUAGUAAAUAUAUUGAUCAACUUAAAUUUUCAGAUAUUUCAAUUGGGUCUAUAAUAAUCGAUAAUUAUAAAUCGUUUGAACAAGGUGAAAGAGCACGCAUCAUACAAUUAACCCAGAUGUUAUCAAAUGAAGGAAUCGAUAUUGAAGAACAUAUAUUCAAAGAUAGGAAGACUAUUUCAUCAAUUCUAGACAAUAGUUUCGAUCGAAUUGCAGAAACUUUAAAGGAAUUCAAAUUAGAUGAUUCGACUGGGAUUAAACAAACUCUUACGGAUAUCAAAAGUAUUGAAGAAAAUAUUAAAUCCUCAAAUAUUACAACUCAAAAAAUUCUAGAAAACAUAAAAUUGGAAUUCUCAAGAGAAGGAGAAAAAUUUGAAAAUCUACUGAAACAAAAGGAUAGUAAAAUAGAAGAACUUUUGUCGUCAAACAAAGAUAAGGAUCUUCGUAACGAAAUUUUGGAAAAAGAGUACCAGACAACAAGAGGUAAUUCGAAAGACUCUUUAACUUAUGAUGAUGUGAAGAGUGCAGAUGUUACUAGGGUUGUAUUUGAUUCUCUGGAAUUGGAGCAGAUUGAUAAACUAGAUAUGGUAACGUUACAGAAUGAAUUGAAAAAAAUAUGUGUCGGAAUACAAACGCCGUUUAAUAAGAUACAGAGGAAAGUUAUUCUGGCAAAUGUACUAAUAAAAAAUGAGCUUGUUCAUGCGUUAAACUUCAUUAAUUUACUAUAUUUUCAAUUGCAUGGUGAUAACUUACACUUCCGUGAACUUGAAAAUACCGCAUACAGGCAGUAUUUAAAGAUUCGUGAUGUUGAUAAUGUGCAACAUCCAUUAAAGCAUAUUUUGGAUGAAAUGUACCAGCAUAUAUUGCUUGAAAUGACAUCCGAUGUUUAG